AUGAUCCCCCGGCGACUCGCCCCGGCGGCGCUGCUCCCACGCGCGGUCCGGCCUGCGGUUGCGCCCGCCCCCUUUUCUGUCCACGCUCGCCCAUCCUCCUCCACCCGUCCGCCUGCCACGCUUCGGUCCUGCGCAGCCCCCCGCCUGCCGGGGCGUCUGCCCGCCAGGCAGCACCGCGACUACUCCACGGCCGGCCACUCCAGCAAGGCGUGGAGCUUCGACGAGGUGCGGAAGCUGGUGGGCGCGCGCAGCCGUCCCUCCGACGUGGUUCUCGUCGAUGUGCGGGAGCCGGAGGAGAUGGCGGGCACGGGCAGGAUCCCCGGGGCGGUCAACAUCCCCGUCAGGGGCGCCGCGGGGGCGUUUGCCAUGUCCGAGAGGGACUUUGAGGACGCGUACGGGUUCGCGCGGCCGGCGCGCGAGGGCACCACGCUGCUGUUUUACUGUCUGGCGGGCGUGCGGGCGGGCGUGGCGGCGGCGGCGGCCACGGAGGCUGGGUGGCGGGCCGACGUGUACCCCGGGAGCUGGCUGGACUGGGAGGCCAACGGCGGGAAGGUUGCCAAGGUCACGCGGAAACGGGGGGGAGGCGAGGCGGAGGCAAGGGGGGGAGGGGAGACGGACGCGGCCCGCAAGUGA